ACGUGCGUGGGCGGGGCGCUGUUGUUCUCGUGCUCUACCUGCCAGCUGCUCAUCGGUCUGCUGACCUUCCUCGUCGCUCAGUCCGUAGCUGGUGCUCCUUCUGCCGGUUGUUGUGUGGAAACAUGGCGGCGCCGCUGACCGACCACGAGAAGCGGAAGCAGAUCAGCGUCCGAGGCAUCGCGGGGCUCGGGGACGUGGCGGAGAUCAAGCGGAGUUUUAACCGACACCUGCACUUCACGCUGGCGAAGGACCGAAAUGUGGCAACGCCCCGGGACUACUACUUUGCCUUGGCCCACACCGUCCGGGACCACCUGGUGGGCCGCUGGAUCCGGACCCAGCAGUACUACUAUGAAAAGGACCCGAAGCGGGUGUACUACCUGUCUCUGGAGUUCUACAUGGGCCGAACUCUGCAGAACACCAUGGUCAACCUCGGCCUGGAAAACGCCUGCGAUGAAGCCAUCUACCAGCUGGGUUUGGACAUUGAAGAGCUGGAGGAGAUUGAAGAGGAUGCUGGUCUGGGAAACGGAGGACUGGGACGACUGGCAGCUUGUUUUUUGGACUCCAUGGCGACGCUCGGCCUCGCAGCGUACGGUUACGGGAUCCGUUACGAGUUCGGCAUCUUCAACCAGAAGAUCAGCAACGGUUGGCAGGUGGAGGAGGCAGAUGAUUGGCUACGGUAUGGAAACCCCUGGGAGAAGGCGAGACCAGAGUACAUGCUGCCGGUACAUUUCUACGGCCGAGUCCAGAACACGGAGAGUGGGAUGAAGUGGGUCGACACGCAGGUGGUGCUGGCAAUGCCCUACGACACUCCAGUUCCUGGUUACCAUAACAACACGGUGAACACGAUGAGGCUGUGGUCGGCUAAAGCUCCGAAUGACUUCAACCUGCAGAACUUUAACCUGGGUGAUUACAUCGAAGCGGUUCUGGACCGAAACCUGGCUGAGAACAUCUCCAGAGUCCUGUACCCCAACGACAACUUCUUCGAAGGGAAGGAGCUGCGUCUGAAGCAAGAAUACUUUGUGGUUGCCGCCACGCUGCAGGACAUCAUCCGCAGGUUCAAAUCCUCCAAGUUCGGCUGCAGAGAUCCGGUUCGAACGUCUUUCGACACGUUACCUGAAAAGGUAGCGAUCCAGCUGAACGACACCCACCCAGCUCUAGCCAUCCCAGAACUGAUGAGGAUCCUGGUGGACAUCGAGAAGCUGGACUGGAACAAGGCCUGGGACAUCACCUGUCGUACGUGUGCGUACACCAACCACACGGUGCUGCCUGAGGCGCUGGAGCGAUGGCCCGUUCAUAUGUUCGAACAGCUGCUGCCUCGACACCUGCUGAUCAUCUACGAGAUCAACCAGAGACACCUGGACAGGAUAGCAGCCAUGUUUCCGGGGGACGUGGACCGUCUGCGGCGGAUGUCUCUGAUCGAGGAGGGCGACCCGAAGAGGAUCAACAUGGCUCACCUGUGUGUGGUUGGCUGUCACACCGUCAACGGAGUGGCUCAGAUCCACUCAGACAUAGUCAAGAACACCGUGUUUAAAGACUUCCACGAGGUGGAUCCUGAGAAGUUUCAGAACAAAACCAACGGGAUCACUCCGCGCCGCUGGCUGCUGCUGUGCAACCCGGGCCUGGCCGACAUCAUCGCCGAGAGGAUUGGAGAAGGUUUCCUCACAGACCUCCACGAGCUUAAGAACGUCCUGCAGUUUGUGGAUGAUGAGUCCUUCAUCAGAGACGUGUCCAAAGUCAAACAGGAGAACAAACUGAAGUUCGCCUCCUACCUGCAGAAACAGAACCAGGUGAAGGUGAACCCGGACUCCAUCUUUGACGUCCAGGUGAAGAGGAUCCAUGAGUACAAGAGGCAGCUGCUCAACUGUCUGCACGCCGUCACGCUGUACAACCGGCUCAAACUUCAGCCCAACAGGCCGUUUGUUCCCCGCACGGUGAUCAUCGGAGGGAAGGCAGCUCCUGGGUACCACAUGGCAAAGAGGACCAUCAAACUGAUCACGUCUGUGGGUCAGGUGAUCAAUAACGACCCGGCAGUGGGAGACAAGCUGAAAGUCAUCUUCCUGGAGAACUACAGAGUUUCUUUAGCUGAGAGAGUGAUCCCAGCUGCAGACCUGUCAGAGCAGAUCUCCACCGCCGGAACAGAAGCGUCUGGAACAGGAAACAUGAAGUUCAUGCUGAACGGCGCUCUGACCAUCGGCACCAUGGACGGCGCCACGGUGGAGAUGGCCGAGGAGGCCGGCGAGGAGAACCUCUUCAUCUUCGGCAUGAGGGUGGAAGACGUAGAAGAGCUGGACAGGAAGGGUUAUGAUGCCACAGAGUUCUACAACCGCCUACCAGAGCUGAAGCUGGCUGUGGACCAGAUCCAGGCUGGUUUCUUCAGUCCUGCAGAACCAGAAAUGUUCAGAGACCUGACGGAGAUGCUGAUGAAACAUGACAGGUUUAAGGUGUUUGCAGAUUAUGAAGACUACAUCAAAUGUCAGGAGAGAGUCGAUGAGCUGUACAAGAACCCCAGAGAGUGGACCCGGAUGGUGAUCCGGAACAUCGCUGCCUCAGGGAAGUUCUCCAGCGACCGAACCAUCUCCCAGUACGCCCGCGAGAUCUGGGGCGUGGAACCGUCUGACGUGAAGAUCCCGCCACCAAAUGAACCUCCUUUCGAUUCGCGGAGCUGAAGAACCGGACCGCAGCGUUUCUGAUGCAGCCAAACAGAAUCUAAACAAAAGCAUCAUCUUCCUCCUCCUGUGUCUGUACCGUAUCCAUGUUAGCAAGAAGCUACAUGCUAGCCUUAAAAAUAACAAACACAAACGGUGACAUUUUUCUGUUUUUGUUCUGGGUUCAUUUUCCUGGAUCCGGCAGCUCAUCCAGGGUUUCCAGAUGAAUCUGUUACCACUGACAUCCAAAUUCCUUCUAGUGGAAUAAACCUCAAUAAGAUGUUUUACUGCUUCUGAUGAAAUGAAGUCAUAUGACCUUUUGUCAUCCUGUUUUCUGCUCUUAACAAAAAUUAUCAGGUAUUUUUGUAAAACUAAACAAAUUUAAUUUUAAAAGUCAUUUUAGAAAACAAACGAUGAAAUCUCCUCAAGAAGCUCAUUUGUUAAAAACAAAAGAUUUCAUCCAUCAUCUUACCGGGUCGUCGGCGUCCGCUAACGCAGAACUAUGUGAAGACUGUUCAGAUUAACAGCAGCUGGUUAACGUUAACCUGGUAACCAGUCGUCAUCCCAACUUGUUAAAAGCUCAGUUCUGAACUUUUAACUAAUUUUGUUGUCGAUUUAAACUCUGAACAUGAAGAAAUAGUUUCUUUCUGUCGCAGUAUGAGCUUUAGGUUUUCUGUAACUCCUUCUGACAGAGGUGCCUUCAUGUCUUCUGCAGAAACGCCAGCAGUAAGAACUAAACCUAACGGCUUUGUUUGGUCAGUUUGAAGAUCGUAUUGUCAGAUCUGGAUGAAGAUCUGAGCAUUUUGAACAUUUUGUUUGGUUUAAUUUAAAGACGCUGAUGUCAAAGCUCCAUCUGGCUUCACAGGUGCCUGAUGGGAAACGGAGUCCUCCCAGAAUCCCCUUCAGCUCAACAUGAACGUCUCAGUUAUCAUGUACUGUAUAAACGGCACUGAAAUAAACGUUUGUUCCAGGUUUCACUUUGUCCAUCAUGUUGGACUUUUUCUCCUCAGAGGUGAAAACUUUUUAUACCAAUAAACUCUUAAAUGGAAA